CAUCACCACUUCAGGAGCAGCAGCAGCGAGGUCCAGUCUCAGCUCAGCUCACUCUCGCCGCUGCUUGCUCCCCUCCCCCAACCCUCGCCAGCGGCGGCGAGCUCCCCUCCGGCGACGAGGCUCGAGGAGUCUACGGUCAAGCCCCGUCCGUCUCAAUCCUGCGCGCUCCGGUGCGGCCGCCCGUCGUCCCCGCUCGCGCCGGCCGCGUGAUCUGGUUGUUCUGAAAUGGCCGGCGGCAUUACCUGUGGAUCCUUGCUGCAGAAAUUACAGCUUGUGUGGGAUGAAGUUGGUGAGAGCGACGAGGACCGCGACAAGGUCCUGUAUCAGCUGGACCAGGAGUGCCUGGAUGUCUACAAGAGGAAAGUUGAUCAGGCCACCAACUCUAGGGAUCUCCUUAUCCAGGCGCUCGAUGACUCGAAGAUCGAGCUUGCCAGGCUUCUUUCUGCUCUUGGGGAAAAAGCUGUAGCGAGAACCCCUGAGAAGACAUCAGGGACAAUCAAGCAACAGCUAGCUGCUAUCGCUCCAACACUUGAGCAGUUGAAUAAGAAGAAGAAUGAGAGGAAGAGGGAAUUUGUCAGCGUACAGUCACAAAUUGAUCAAAUAUGUGGUGAGAUUGCUGGCACCACAGAGGUCGGUGAGCAGGUGGCUACACCACAGGUCAACGAGGAUGAUUUGACACUUGAGAGGCUUGAAGAUUUUCGGUCCCAACUCCAGGAGCUUGAGAAAGAGAAGAGCAAUAGGUUGGAGAAAGUUCUUGAGUAUGUAAGCAUGGUGCAUGAUCUAUGUACUGUCUUGGGGAUGGAUUUUCUCAGUACCGUGACUGAAGUUCAUCCCAGUCUAGAUGACUCUAUUGCUGAUAACUGCAAGAGCAUCAGCGAUGAUACAUUAUCAAAACUUGACAAGACAGUAGCCACACUUCAUGAAGAUAAAAAAUUGAGGCUAAGCAAGCUUCAAGAGCUUGCCGGUCAACUGUAUGAUCUUUGGGAUCUCAUGGAUGCUCCCACACAAGAAAGGAGCAUGUUUGAUCAUGUUACAUGCAACAGAUCAGCAUCUGUAGAUGAAGUCACUGCUCCUGGGGCACUUGCCCUUGAUUUAAUUGAACAGGUCAGAUUACGUUUGAAAUUCUCUGGUAGGAUUAUUCCCUGGUAUGAAUUGUUUGUUCAGCUCUAUUUGGCCUUUUUUCCUGUUCAGGCUGAGACAGAGGUUCAAAGGCUGGACCAGCUAAAAUACAGCAAGAUGAAAGAAAUUGCUUUCAAGAAGCAAACUGAGUUGGAAGACAUCUAUGCCGGUGCUCACACAGUAAUAGACACCGCAGCUGCCCAUAUGAAAUUGUUGGCACUGAUUGAGGCAGGGAACAUAGAACCAACAGAACUAAUUGCAGAUAUGGAAGGUCAGAUAGGAAAAGCAAAGGAAGAAGCAUUGAGCAGAAAAGAUAUAUUAGAUAAAGUUGAAAAAUGGAUGUCUGCAUGUGAAGAAGAAAGCUGGCUUGAAGAUUAUAACAGGGAUGACAACAGAUAUAACUCCAGCCGAGGUGCCCAUCUGAAUCUCAAACGUGCAGAAAAAGCUCGUAUUCUUGUCAGCAAGAUUCCAGCGCUUGUCGAAACUUUGGUGGCCAAGACUAGGGCAUGGGAAGAGAGCCGUGGUCUAUCCUUUAUGUAUGAUGGUGUACCGCUUCUAGCUAUGUUGGAUGAGUAUGUUAUGCUGAGGGAGGAAAGAGAAGAAGACAAGAAAAGAAUGAAGGAACAAAAGCGCUAUGUCGAGCAGAAACUGAACACUGACCAUGAAGGGCCAUUUGGAUCGCGAGUCAGCCCUAACAGACCGGCUACCGCGAAGAAGUUACCCGGCCCAAAAUCCAACGGCACGUCCAUGAACGGCACUCCUCCGAGCAGAAGACUGUCAAUCAGCGGUCAGCAGAAUGGAAGGUUUGGGGGGAAGGACAGCAAGAGAGACAGCGCGACGAAGGCGGUGUCGUCCCCAGGGAACGGAGCUGCUGCCAAGGAAGACGCGUCCUCCCACAUCUCCGGCACCGACCUGGCUCCGACCACGCCGUGAUCUUUGACCUAAUAUGGUGUACUAUUAGAAGAUAAGAAAGGAUAUUUGCUGAUGGUUUGUUUUUCCAUUGUUUUGUGCUAAUAUAAUGUGCUGUGUUUGUAGCGAGGAGAGGGAGUAUAAGUGACGUCCAUCGACCCCUCUGUAGUUCGGCUACCUGGCCAGGGUUUGUUUGCUCCUGGUGUAAAGUGGUGUUCCACUUUUGAUUAGUUUCAGCGAGGCGUACACUAUUUUCUGCUACCUGUGAUCGGACGUAGUAUAGACUUUGCUGGUCUGUGUUAUUAGUCGUUGAAAUAACCUUUUUGUGUGCCC